AUGUUCAAUCUUCCGGUUGGAAUUAUCUCAUGCUAUCUCGAUGACACAACCACAGUUGAUCCAAGCUAUACCAUCUCUCUUAUAAGGAAGCUAAUACCAAAGGGAUCCCAUCUGGAGAAAGACUUCAGUAACAAGAGUUCCAGUUCUGAUGAUGGGGAGUCAACGCUACCUGAGUAUGAGGAUCAGUGGGAAGAGUGUGGGUGCAUUCUGUGGGACCUUGCAGCUAGUGAACCUCAAGCAGAACAUAUGAUCGAUAACGCUGUACUUGAAGUGCUUCUGGAAAACCUUCGAGUGGCAGAUUCUUCUCGGGUGAAGGAAGUUUGUCUUGGAAUCAUGGGAAACUUAGCUUGCCAUGAAUCUCUAGUUGACGCGAUCUGUUUGGAGAAGGGUUUAAUUACAACUGUUGUGAAUCAACUGUUCCUAGAUGAUGUCAAAUGCCUUUCUGAAACAUUCAGGUUGUUGGCUGCCAUCCUUCGGAGCAGUGCUUCUGUUUCUUGGGCUGAAGUUCUUUUACCUGAUGAGAUUCUUUCACGUAUGCUAUGGAUAAUUGGCAAUACAAUGAAUUCGACAUUACUUGAGAAGAGCAUUGACUUCAUAUCAACUGUCAUUAGUGUCCAAGAUGCGCUUGUCCAGCCCUUGCUUAAAGCGGGUUUAGUUGACCAUGUUGUUGGGUUGCUAACAACUGAGAUUGAAAAAUCACCGGAAGAGAAGCUAGACAGGCCUGGUUCUCUUGAUAUGAUCCUUCGCUUCAUGGAAGAGUUAUCAGCCAUACACAGUGUUUCGGAAGUGAUGUCGUCAAGUGACCAGCUGAUGAAAGUGCUAUCUGGCUUGAUCAAGUCACCUGAUAAGCAUGAGUUACUUGAUGACACAACCACAGUUGAUCCAAGCUAUACUAUCUCUCUUAUUCGCAAGAUGUUCAGAAGUGAUAAGCAGAGGGCGAAUUCUGAUGAUGGGGAACCAUCACAGCCUGAUAAUAAGAAUCCUUCCAGAAGAAGUGACAAGCAGAGUAGUAGUUGUGAUGAUGGGGACUUUGCGGCUAGUGAACCGGUUAUGCUUCAAGCUAAGAAGCACCACUCGUAUGUAAAUUGCCCCAGAGCGCCAUGGAGUACUGUCGCCAUCACCUUUAUGUUCUUUGUUGUGAUGGGCUAUAAUGUUUUGGCAUGUGGAAGUGCCAGGCCAACUUGUGAGGUCACAAGUCUGGCAACAAAUAUACAGCAGUUCUGUGCUGGUAACCAACCAACAUCAUCCUGUUGUGAGUCCCUUAGGGCUGCGGCAAUGAGUCAGGGCAAACGUGGAUGUUUGUGCAUAGUAGGAAGUUCGCCUGAUGUUAUUACAAUUGGGUUUACCCCUGAUAAUCUGGUGAUGCUCUAUGCUCAGUGUACUGAGCAUGAUGAUGGGUUUACAUGUGAAGAAACCGUAACAGAUAAACAAGACCAUGGGAAGCAUAUGCGACAACAUGAUUUCGAGGAUAAUGGGCAUGCCAGGGAUGAACGUGAACAAGAUGGAAGAGAUCGUGGGGAGCCUAUGCCCCGCCAGAAGAGACAGCAUGAUGAUCAGUAUGACGGACGUGGUCACAGAAAAGAUCAAGAUCGGAAGCAUGAGGUUCAAGAUGAAUUGUAUCGCUCUAAGAACAAUGAACCGGAGGACAAAGAAGCCAGGCACCAGCGACAGCAGCAAGGAGACAAUGGCUCAACUCCGUAUGGGUACGAGCCAAAGUCUCAUGGUGGAUCUACCAUUGCUAUUUUGUCAGGCUUUGUUGUGUUGGCGCUGUCACUUGUAGGGGUUGCACUUGGUCUACGUUACCAGCAUCGCCAUGGAAGGAAUCUUCGGGAGUCUUUGCAUUUGGCUGCCACAGCUGUUCUGCCAGUAUUGGCUGCACAAGCCCGACUGGCAGCACCUGUUGAUUUAGCUCCUCGGCAACCAACCCCUGCCACCCCUGCGUUGGUGAAUGGCAUUCCUCUGCCUCAUGUGCAGGGACCUCCACUUGCAUUCUUCCCUGGGCCAGUGGAGGUAGUAUCUUUGCUAGCGUAUAUAGUACUAGAUAAAAUGCGCCGCAGCCUUAUGGCAUAGAUCUGUAACUGAAGUAAGACUGUAGAUAUACUGUUUGCUUUGCCAUAUGAACAAUUUGGAUGACAUGAGAAUUUGUAUCUUUUAACGAUAUGAAAUAUGGAUGCCAUAUGCAAA